UAAACCUGGUAGGGACAAAGUAACAAGAGAGCCGGAUUCUCCAGGGCUGCCUCCAGAGGUUUAUGUCUUUGUCACGCCACUUGUCCUCAGCAGGCUGCUGGCUUUGCCUGCACUGGGAACAUCGGCAGUCCUGCGGCAGAGAGGAGGGGCAGGAGCCAAGGCUGGCCCAGAUCCCUCCUGCUGGACGGUGACGCCCCUCCCCCGCCCUGUCACUAGUCAAGGAAAGACCCAACUGCCGCCUGGCCAGACUGGUAGGGAAGAAGAAGCCUGCCUCCAAGAAGGACAACCGACACUUUGCCCCGACUCCGCAGCCUCCAUGACCGUCGAAGUCCAGAGCGCCAACCGCCAGGUUGCAGGCUUCGCCAUAAUCACCAUCGCCUGGAUCUUCAGCAGCACCUCCAUGGGCCUCGUGGAGUGGCGCGUGUGCCACAUGGAUGACCCCUCGUUCUCCUUGUCUUCUGUCGUCUGCGUGGGCAUGUGGAGGUUCUGCGUCUACAGCCACGACAGCAACUUCAGCAAAGCCAAGCGGUGUCACCAGUACCGCAACACCUUCCUCCCUGCCGACAUCCGCACGGCGCAGCACCUCCUGCUGGCCGCCAGCGCUCUGGGGUUCUUGGGCAAAGCCUGCGCCAUCCUGGGGCUCAGGAACGUCCACCUGAGAACGCCGGAGGAGGACGGCGCCCGCAAGCCCUUCAUCAUGGCGGGAACCCUUACCAUCGCCGCUUGCGCCUGCCUCUCCAUCGCCGCCUUCUGGAACUGCUACUCCGUCAUGAAUGAAGAGAGGAUCUACUUCCCGCUCUCCUUCCACGUUCCCUUCCAGCCCGGCAGUCAGGAAAUGGGCAGCACCAUGGUGGUGGCGCUCCUCAGCGCCUUCCUGCUGCUGUUAAGUGGGAUAUUUUUCCUCUCUUAUAGAUACCCCCUGAAGACCCAGGAAUUUGAGCUUGCCUUGAGACCUGAAAAACAGAGUUAGGGGGCACUGGCUUCGUACGUGCAAGCUUCCCAGGAAUUUAUGGAAAGUAUCAG